AUGCCUAAAUGCGGAGCUUACGAUAAAUUCCUGUCAAAAGUGGACAGUAUUCGUUGUAAUUGUUCCGCUGCUUUCCACAAGGCAUGUGUAGGAAUUCCAGAGACUUCUUCUGUAAAUGGUGCGUGGGUUUGUCCCGGUUGUAAAAUUAAAAAACCUGGAGAGGACAACACUUCUACUCUUGUGAAGGGACUGGCUAAUACAUACCAAAGUAAUCCUAAUAGUACGAAUAAUUCAGCGGACAAUACCACAGAGGAACUUAAGGUUGAUCUGGUCCUAGAAAUUAGAUCAGAGCUCAAAGCCAUUAGAGAGGAGGUUCACGAGUGUCGCCUAGAAAUAUCGGAGUUCAAGGCCACACUUAGUGCGUUUGAGAUAAGAAUGCGUGAAAUAGAAACCAGGAUUUCUGCUUUGAAGAACAAGAACUCCCAAAUAGCAUCCUCGUCAAACACUAGCGCACUCCAGGAUACUAUCACUGAGCUGAAAGUUCAACUUAAUAACAGGGACCAGGAGCUCCUCUCCAAUGACGUUGAAAUAUCCAGCAUAACUGAGCUUGGAGGAGAAAACCUUAUGUCAACAGUUACAGUUCUAUCUACGAAGCUGGGAAUAACAUUAGACAAAAGAGACAUUUUUAACGUGGAACGUGUUGGCUUAGCACGUCGCAAUAGGGUGGAGGGGAGUACUUGCGACGACGAUCUCAGCUCAAUGCGUCCGCACAUUAUAAUAGCAGUGCGGUUCACCCGCCGAGCUACGAGGGGCGAGUGGCUGUGCGCAGCUCGCGUGCGCCGCAACCUCUCCACGAAAGACAUCGAUGUGACUGGCAAGCCGAGUAGCAUAUAUAUUAAUGAACGACUCACGCACACUCUUUUUCCUUGCACGUCAAGAGGGCAAAAAACGCGAUUGGAAAUAUGUCUGGUCGAAAGAUAG